AUGCCCGGAGGCAGGAUCCCUCAAGCGGCCUAUGUCGAGGACUGGGACGAGGAAGGCGGCAUCGUACCCGACAGUCGGCAUUCAGCCAACGCGACAGCCAAUUCGGCUAUCAAAAUUUCCUCCAGGUUGGCUCAGAGAUUCCCAGCGGAGCCGCUGAUCGACGGCGCCAGUGACUCAGGCUAUUCUAGUCGUACCGCCGCCACCGGCACCAGCACCCAAUCCGGCCCGUUGGGCGAGAGAAGUCCCCCCGGCCCUCAUAAGCUGGACAUGCCCAAGCACCGCAACGACCUCGUCCGCACUAGUUCCAGUCGACGGCCUCGAAAGGACAAGGAGCGAGAACGUCUUCGACCCGAGCACGUCGACCAGCCGACUGGGAUUCCAUCCCAUCAUCAUGCUCACGUGCAACAGUCCUCCAGACCUCACCGCACCCGGGAGUCCGCUCAGAUCGCUGAACAUUACCCCCCUCCAGAACGAUACUACGAGGAUUCCGUCCGUUAUCACCAGCAACAACCCUCCACCCCCGUGGAGCGCCAGUUCGGGAUGGACUUUGCCGCCCCUUAUUUUGCUCACCCGCCGGUGCCAGAUUACCCACCGGCCGAGUAUCAUCGUUACCCUCACGCCAUCGAGGAGGUUCAUCGCCCGGUAGGCCGAUCGAACCGAUCAAACUCCUACCAGAUGUAUCAUCAAGGCCGGCCCGCAAGCAUGCAUGCCGGAAUGAUGGCACAUAGCCCUGCGCCUGGGUAUCUCCCUCAUCAUCAGGGCUCGUAUUAUGAACAUGGACAUCCCGCCGCCGCCGCCGCCGCCGCCUCCUCCACCGCCUACGUCCACCCAUACGCCUCGUCACCAUAUGCAGGGUCAUAUUACGGCGGCUCUGAAUACGGACACCCGUCUGAUUACCCGCCUGAGCGAUCCCGCUCUCGUACUCGAGAACGCCCCCCAACUCAGUCUCGUCCUCGUCGUUCAUCCUCGAUUUAUGGAGGACCGCCGCAGGUGGACCAUGACAUCUUUCCGCCGUGGUUCGAUGAGCAAGAGGAUUCUUACUUCCCAGAGCCCAACCAAAGGAAUGCUCCCCGUGAACGCCGCUCGAGGGAUAUACCAUGGGAAAACCUUCGUGAACCUCAGUACGACGAUCCUCGAGGCCGCGUCCCCAAGCCCCAUCGCGACGAUGACAGAUAUAAGAUGCCUCCACCGCCACCCCCGCCUCCCUCGCAUCUCAAGCACAAGGCUCAGGUCCAUCAAGCAAGGCGGCCCGAGCGACCAGAGCUCCCACGCAAAGCUCAUACCACUCAAGUAGCACCACCGGCGCCACGUCGCCAAUCGCGUGCGUCGAUGGACAUGCGUGAGAUGGUUGCAGCCUUGCCUGAGCCUAGUCGACGGGCCUCCCGAGACACCAGGUUGCCUCAACUUCGAUACAAUAGUCUUCGAGAAAGCCGACGGCCGACAUCCUACUACGACAGUGCUCGCGGCGCCCAAGUGGCUGUGGCAAGCUCUCGUCGCCGUCGUCGAGAACAGUACUACUCUGAAGAGGAGGAGGAAGAUGAGGAGGAGGAGGAGGAAGAAGAAGACGAAGAAGAAGUUGAGGAUCAUAUCCCAGUCCCAGUCGACGGACUCGAACGUCGUGAAAGGGAGGUUGAACGUUACCAGGCGCAACAGUCUGGCCGAACAAAGACCAUGCCUGCCUCAUCCGAAGCCCUGUUAACGAAAAAGGCCAUUGGUGCCGGAAGUGACAAUGCCAGUCAGAAGAGUGGAUCCAACAGCAGCCGUGGAAGUGGUAGUGGGAACGGAGAUGGCAAGAACAUGAAUCUUCUGGUCAAUGGAUUGACCAUUGGGUUCACCGAAGAGUCUGUUGCAGGAAAGAACAUCAAGAUUCAAGCUGGCGACACUGGUCGUGUGCAAUUGUCCAUCGCCGGCGAACGACGACCGAAACAAUAUCAUGGCACUGGAUCUUCUUAUUCUGACCAAACAGGCCGUUCAGCGCGUCGUGAGCCAACUGAAGUCCCACGACGUCCACGUGAUGAUCGUCGCUCCGAAAAGGCAAGCCGUCGCUUGAGCCAAUCGACGUAUGGCGAAAGUCGCCGAUUUGCUCGAUGA